UGCAACCGCUUACGCAUCACUGCAGAUGGGAACCUCAAGGUAUGUUUGUUUGGGAGCUCUGAGGUGUCUCUGAGAGAUGUCUUGCGCUCCGGGGCAUCAGAUGAAGAGCUACUGCAAAUCAUUGGAGCUGCUGUGGGCAGGAAGAAGAAACAACAUGCAGGCAUGUUUAGUAUCUCUCAGAUGAAGAACAGGCCGAUGAUCCUCAUUGGCACCACAUCCCAAAUGCCUUUGUCUCUGCCACAGUCACAAGACAGCCAGAGAGCUUUCCCCAUUGUUUCUCAUCUUACAAACAACACAUUCCUCUCUCCAGCAGCAGCUCCUCACACAUGUAGCUCAGGCAGCAGGAGAGUCCUGAAUAGAGAGGGUUUUUUGUGCCUUCCAGACUGCACUGCUUUAACACAAGCAGGCCGUGUCUGCUGCUCCAGAACCUUAAAGAGUGGGGGUACCCAUGUUAGGUCACAUUUCAACAAAGAGAAACUUAAUACGAUGGACUGCCUCCACAGUGCAGCACCCCUUCGCUCAUCUGAGUUUAGUAAUGCUCUAACUUUCAUCAGUGGUCACACUAAGACUGCAAGUUUUAUUCUGCGCACAAAUGUCAUGAGCUACAUUAAUACAGACUGUCUCAGGUACGCACAAGCCGGGGGUCCUAAUGCUUUGAAGAGCCACAUACUCGGGACCCCGGGAAAACCUAUUUUUUGCACACUACUAAUGAAUGCCAAAUUAAAUCUUAAACAACGCAGUGUUAGACUGUGCCACAAUCAAAGUUCCAGCAAAGACCCCAGUGUCAAAGUCAGACAAUCUGUGAGGGAUCACACACAGUCAGGCACAAACAUCUACAACGCUGACCUUAAUGAAACAACCGAAGCCCAGCUUACACAUACAGACGCCCAGGGCCGAGCCGCCAUGGUGGAUGUCGGAGGGAAAGCUCCCACACGUCGAACAGCCACAGCCCGUGCCACCGUCAUCUUGGGCCCCACCGCCUUCCGGCUGCUUCGGAAUAACCAGCUGGCUAAGGGUGAUGCCUUGGCAGUGGCGCAGUUAUCUGGCAUCAUGGCUUCCAAGCAGACCUCAGCCCUCAUCCCGCUCUGCCACCCACUCCCCUUAGACCACUCCUCUGUCACCUUUGACCUUGAUGAGCUGCAGAAUGCUGCAGUCAUUACAGCAACGUGCCGCACUACAGGCAGGACCGGAGUUGAGAUGGAGGCUUUGACGGCCGUAUCCGUCGCUGCGCUAACCAUCUAUGACAUGUGCAAGGCAGUGAGCCAUGACAUCAUCAUCACGGAUGUAAAACUGGUCAGUAAGACAGGCGGAAAGAGGGACUUUCAUCUUCACCCGUGACAUCCUCUCAUAACUUUGAAUCCAACCCUGGAAAUCUAGGAAUUUAUUAAUUGUUAGCAUCUUGAAGACUGCACCAGAUUUUACCAGAAUUGUCAUAUUUUUCUACAAAACUAAACUUUAUGCCAUCACAAGUAAUUUAAAAGGUGUUCUAAUCAUAUAAAAGAAACACUUUUGGUUACUGUUGACACGAUACUGGAAUUUCUAACUUCAACAGUACCUUGAAAAUAUCAAUAUUCGAUACCAUAAGAAGAAAAUUGGCAGUACUGUCAUAGAAUAUAAAUCUUUUAUUAACAGAUAAAUAUAACAGCACUUUAACAUGACAACAAUGACUUGUCUUGGGUGGUAGCAGAGAACAGCAGUAUGACUGUAGUAAAUAUUAACAGUUACUACUUUUUCACAUUAAUAAAAAAAAAAACAAUAUUCUUGCAGUGGUGCACCUGCUUAAAAGCCUCUGAGAUUGCUUUUCAAAAGGCAAUAAAGAGCAAGUAAAAAACAAAACAGUGCCAUGAAUCCCAUAUGCAACCGGAGUGAAUGAGAAGAGUGACGAGAACACAGCACUGUGAGUGAGUGAACAAAGGCGCGGGACUGUUGUGAUGUGUGUGCGUGGGUCGACUUGCGAUUGAGGAGAUGAGAGAGCAAACAAGUAGUAUCAAUAUUAUGGCUACCUUGCAAAAUAAGCACAGUUUUGAAUAUUCAGAAUUGAUAUGUAUCGAUAAAUGGAUAUUUUUGACAACACUACUUAGAGUUUUACCCCCAUCCUGCCAACGUCUGCCAGUAGCCUUCUCGAUUGCCUGCUCCAGUGAUGCUGUUAGCAGAGUUGAAUUACUUGAUCUGUCACUUAUCCCACACAAUAUGAAUCAUGUUACCUAAACCGUGUUCAUGUUAACUUAAUUUUAGCAGCGCUUUGCAAAUAAUUCAAGUGUCAUACAUGUUCAUGUUAUAUCUUGUAAUACCUAUCUGACAUUAGUAUCAAGUAAAGAGCUUAGAACAGAUGUGUCACUAGAGGGCACUCCAGUACUGGAUUCACAAGCCUCCCUGGGACAACAAGCUGAGGGCGGCUUCAACACUACUCACAUGUUGAAUGUAUUUAACGUUUAUCACCCUACAUCAACUUUGAAGAGAAUUCAAUUUAGAAUGAAGCACACAUGUAUAAAAGUGUAUGAACCUGUUUAUACCUGGUAAUAACGUGUCUCAGGUGAUCUGAGCACAAGUGGACAGUUGUGAAUGCAAUGAGCAACUACUCGGCUGAUGUCCCUGCUUAUCUGGCAUCCUACCAGAUAAAAACACUACUGACACAGAGCUGAAAGACUACGUGAAAAUACCAGGUAUAAACAGGCAUUAUGUUUAAUGACUUCCCAGGUCUGCUGAUAGUCUUAACUGUGAAAUACCACAUACUCUACAGUAUAUGUUCCUCUACUUGCCUGCUUUGCAUUGCUAUAGUGGUUUUACAGGUUAAGCUUUGGGGUUUAUUCAGUUGCAACUUCUCUCAGCAAUGUUGCCGUCAUUAUUUUGUCAGUAAUGGGAAAGAAUUCACCUUUUUAUUCUUAUUUGUUUCCUUCUACCUCCUGUUGUACAUUGGAAACACUGGAUGUUUGUACUCAUACCACAUUACAGUAGAGGAUGACCUUACAGCAACUGUUUUUUUUAGCUUUUGCUCUAAAAUAUUCACUAUUCACGUACUGGCUGAUAACAAAAAUCAUUACACUAAGGUUUUGUCGUUAAUUUGAUGGUAACUCAAAAUGUACAAUUGUAAUUCUUAUAUGACUGAAGUGCUUGACGAUAUGGCAGGUGAUGCAGUCUCCAUGUAUUGCAUGUCACAUUCAUUUUGUCAUUAGUACUGUGGGUAUGAGCCUCUCUGGUCUGCUCUGUAGACCAACAGUUCUCACUUACUGUCUUUGGAGAACUGAAUAUUGCUAUUUUUGUAUCAUAGCCAAUAGUUGAUUGUAUUCACUCUGCACCCAGGUCUCUUCAUUGAACUGCUCAUUUUUUGAAAGAAGUAAAUGCAAACUGAGUUGCUGCAGGCUUGUGUAGCAUUUAUUUUACCUUUAUAAAAAUUAAAAUAUCCAACCUCUCCUGUCA